GGCGUGCGCUCGGUGGCUCCGCGGGGAAGAUGGCGGCUGUUCCUUUGGAGGAGAGGGCUUGAGAGGGGCGGAGGAAGGAGGCCGUCCGGCGGAGACGUUUCGCAGAGUGAAGACCGACGCUUCGCUCGCCGGGCGGAGCUCGGCUCGGCGCCCCACGUUUCUUAGAAGGAAAACAUCACCAUGGCUACAGAAAUUGGUUCUCCUCCUCGUUUUUUCCACAUGCCAAGGUUCCAACACCAAGCACCACGACAGCUGUUCUAUAAGCGACCUGAUUUUGCACAGCAGCAAGCAAUGCAGCAGCUUACCUUUGAUGGAAAACGAAUGAGAAAAGCUGUAAACCGAAAGACCAUAGAUUACAACCCUUCUGUCAUUAAGUAUUUGGAGAAUAGAAUAUGGCAAAGAGACCAGAGAGAUAUGCGAGCGAUUCAGCCUGAUGCAGGUUACUAUAAUGAUCUAGUUCCACCUAUAGGAAUGUUGAAUAAUCCUAUGAAUGCUGUAACAACAAAAUUUGUUCGGACAUCAACAAAUAAAGUGAAAUGUCCAGUAUUUGUUGUGAGGUGGACUCCAGAAGGAAGGCGAUUGGUCACUGGAGCAUCCAGUGGAGAGUUCACCUUGUGGAAUGGACUCACUUUCAACUUUGAAACAAUCUUACAGGCCCAUGAUAGCCCAGUGAGGGCCAUGACUUGGUCACAUAAUGACAUGUGGAUGCUGACAGCAGAUCACGGAGGAUAUGUGAAAUACUGGCAGUCGAAUAUGAACAACGUCAAGAUGUUCCAGGCACAUAAGGAGGCGAUUAGAGAGGCCAGUUUCUCACCCACGGAUAAUAAAUUUGCUACAUGCUCUGAUGACGGCACUGUUAGAAUCUGGGACUUUCUUCGUUGCCAUGAGGAAAGAAUUCUUCGAGGGCAUGGUGCUGAUGUGAAGUGUGUCGACUGGCAUCCAACCAAAGGGUUAGUUGUUUCAGGAAGUAAAGACAGUCAACAACCAAUCAAGUUCUGGGACCCCAAGACUGGGCAGAGUCUUGCGACACUUCACGCCCAUAAAAACACAGUCAUGGAAGUGAAGCUCAACCUCAAUGGCAACUGGCUGCUCACAGCGUCACGUGACCAUCUCUGUAAACUUUUUGACAUCCGAAACCUGAAAGAAGAGCUGCAAGUCUUCCGAGGCCAUAAGAAAGAAGCCACAGCUGUGGCCUGGCAUCCUGUUCAUGAAGGACUUUUUGCCAGUGGAGGCUCUGAUGGUUCUUUGUUAUUCUGGCAUGUUGGAGUGGAGAAGGAAGUGGGUGGGAUGGAGAUGGCACACGAGGGAAUGAUCUGGAGUCUGGCGUGGCAUCCUCUUGGACACAUUCUCUGCUCGGGCUCAAACGAUCACACCAGCAAAUUCUGGACUCGAAAUCGACCGGGUGACAAGAUGCGAGAUCGAUAUAAUCUAAAUCUGUUACCUGGAAUGUCUGAAGAUGGAGUAGAAUACGACGACCUUGAACCUAAUAGCCUGGCAGUAAUUCCGGGAAUGGGAAUACCGGAACAACUGAAAUUAGCUAUGGAGCAAGAACAGAUGGGAAAAGAUGAAGCAAGUGAAAUCGAAAUGACGAUUCCUGGGUUAGAUUGGGGAAUGGAGGAAGUGAUGCAAAAGGAUCAGAAGAAAGUACCUCAGAAGAAAGUCCCAUAUGCAAAACCAAUUCCGGCUCAGUUCCAGCAGGCUUGGAUGCAAAAUAAAGUUCCAAUUCCUGCUCCAAACGAGGUGCUGAAUGAUAGAAAAGAAGACAUUAAAUUGGAAGAGAAGAAAAAAACACAAGCAGAAAUUGAGCAGGAGAUGGCUACUUUGCAGUACACCAACCCCCAGCUCCUGGAGCAACUCAAAAUUGAGAGACUCGCACAGAAACAGGCUGAGCAAAUUCAACCUCCUCCCUCAGCUGGGACCCCUCUCCUCGCACCCCAGCCAUUUCCAGGACAAGGUCCGAUGUCGCAGAUUCCUCAAGGUUUCCAGCAGCCCCAUCCAUCUCAGCAGAUGCCAAUGAACAUGGCGCAGAUGGGGCCUCCAGGCCCACAAGGACAGUUUAGACCCCCCGGACCGCAGGGCCCCCCACUGCACCAGGGAGGUGGGGGGCCACAAGGAUUCAUGGGACCACAGGGGCCGCAGGGCCCACCCCAGGGACUGCCACGGCCUCAGGACCUGCACGGGCCCCAGCCGAUGCAGAGGCAUCCUGGACCUCAUGGCCCUCUGGGGCCUCAAGGACCACCUGGCCCCCAGGGGGGGUCCGGCCCUCAAGGUCACAUGGGUGCUCAGGGUCCGCCUGGUCCGCAGGGUCACAUGGGCCCCCAGGGGCCUCCUGGUCCGCAGGGUCACAUGGGCCCCCAAGGGCCUCCUGGUACACCAGGUCUGCAGGGCCCACCUGGUCCCAGGGGAAUGCAGGGGCCCCCUCACCCUCAUGCCAUGCCAGGCGGGCCUGGGCCUCAGGGGAUCCCGGGCCCCGUGUCUCAGGGACCUCUGAUGGGGUUGAAUCCCAGAGGAAUGCAAGGCCCUCCUGGCCCCCGGGAGAACCAGGGUCCUGCUCCCCAAGGCAUGAUGAUGGGCCACCCGCCUCAAGAGCUGAGAGGACCUCAUCCUCCAAGCGGACUUCUUGGACACGGCCCUCAGGAAAUGAGAGGUCCUCAGGAAAUGCGGGGCAUGCAGGGGCCGCCCCCACAAGGAUCCAUGCUGGGCCCUCCCCAGGAACUGCGUGGGCCUCCCGGCUCACAAGGCCAGCAGGGGCCGCCCCAGGGCUCUUUGGGACCUCCACCCCAGGGUGGCAUGCAAGGGCCUCCUGGACCUCAGGGACAGCCGAACCCGGCAAGAGGACCACAUCCUUCUCAAGGUCCAAUACCAUUCCAGCAACAGAAAACACCUCUGCUGGGUGAUGGGCCCCGGGCCCCCUUCAAUCAGGACGGCCAAAGCGCAGGCCCCCCACCCCUGAUCCCAGGCCUAGGGCAGCAGGGAGCACAAGGCCGCAUUCCCCCUCUGAACCCUGGACCGGGACCUGGCCCUAACAAAGGUGACUCCCGCGGCCCCCCAAACCAUCACAUGGGCUCGAUGGCAGAGAGGCGGCAUGAGCAGAGCGGCGGCCCCGAGCACGGGCCUGAGAGGGGGCCUUUCCGGGGCGGCCAGGACUGCAGGGGUCCCCCUGAUAGGCGCGGCCCUCACCCCGACUUCCCCGAUGACUUCAGCAGACCAGACGACUUUCACCCCGACAAGCGCUUUGGCCACCGGUUGCGAGAAUUUGAGGGGCGAGGAGGACCUGUACCACAAGAAGAGAAGUGGAGGCGAGGGGGUCCCGGGCCUCCGUUCCCUCCUGACCCCAGGGAAUUCAGUGAGGGGGACGGCCGCAGUGCAGCCCGAGGCCCCCCCGGGGCGUGGGAAGGCCGCAGAGCUGGCGACGAGCGAUUCCCCCGAGAUCCCGACGACCCGCGGUUUCGAGGGCGCAGAGAAGAAAGCUUUCGGCGAGGAGCCCCCCCAAGACACGAGGGCCGCGCUCCCCCCAGGGGGAGGGACAGCUUCCCUGGGCCUGAAGACUUUGGUCCUGAGGAGAGUUUUGAUGUGUCUGAGGAAGCGGCUCGAGGCCGGGAUCUCCGGGGGCGAGGCCGAGGCACCCCACGAGGAGGAAGGAAGGGUCUGCUCCCGACUCCUGACGAGUUCCCACGCUUUGAUGGACGCAAGCCAGACUCCUGGGAUGGAAACCGAGAGCCAGGGCCUGGUCAUGAACAUUUCCGUGACGCUCCCCGCCCUGAUCAUCCCCCUCAUGACGGUCAUUCCCCAGCCAGCAGAGAACGCUCCUCUUCUCUCCAAGGCAUGGACAUGGCAUCCCUACCGCCCCGCAAGCGCCCUUGGCACGAUGGGCCUGGCACUUCAGAGCACCGAGACAUGGACGCCCCUUCUGAAGACCGAGGAAGCAAAGGCCGCGGGGGCCCAGGACCUUCCCAGAGAGUGCCAAAAUCCGGGCGUUCCAGCUCUUUGGAUGGAGACCACCACGAUGGAUACCACAGAGAUGAACCUUUUGGGGGCCCUCCAGGCAGUGGCACCCCUUCUCGAGGUGUCCGGAGUAGCAGUAACUGGGGUCGAGGAAGCAGCAUGAACUCUGGCCCGCCAAGGCGAGGCUCCUCGAGGGGUGGAGGGCGGGGUCGGUAGAGGCCGGCCCGGGACCCCAGCCUGAGUGGACAGUGUUUGCGGACUCGGGAAGGAAGCCUGCGCCCAUGGGGCCCCGUGCUCUGUCCUGGGCAGCUGCACCCCAGGAGCCCCGUCCCACCCAAGAGGUCUUCAAGAUGAGGAGACUGCUACGGGCUCCGACGUGCAGCUGACCGACCCCGUCUCGUCCUGUAUGCCCUCAUCGCCCAAACCCUCACGUUUUGUGAAGAGAAAAGCUGGAAUUUUUUUUUUUUUCCCUUCCCUUAGUGUCGAGACAUGGAGCACCUCCACAAAUUUAAAUUCCUGUCCAAUUGGAAAUUUAUUUCUAUAUGUACAGUUUGUCAGAGAAAAACAUUAAGUUGUUUUUGUAUGAAUACAGAAUGUGACUUAUGCAAGAA